GAUUAUUUAAUAAUUUCUAGGCAUUUCAUUUCUUCUGUCUUUUUUGUUUUUAUUUUUAUACCAUUAACACACACAAAAAAAAAACACCUCAUUGUCUAGAAAAUUAUCACUUUGUGAAGGAAUUAGGAAUGGGAAGAAAACCUUGUUGUUCUAAAGAAGGUUUAAAGAAAGGUUCAUGGACUAAAGAAGAAGAUUUGCUUCUUACUGAAUACAUUAAUGAACAUGGUGAAGGUACUGGAUGGAGAUCUCUUCCUAAGAAAGCAGGACUACUAAGAUGCGGCAAGAGUUGUAGAUUAAGAUGGGUGAAUUAUCUUAAGCCGGGACUCAAUAGAGGGACCUUUACACCCGAAGAGGAUGAUCUUAUUGUUCGACUUUAUACUCUUUUGGGUAGUCGUUGGUCCCUCAUUGCCGGAAGAAUACCCGGUAGAACAGACAAUGACAUCAAAAAUUAUUGGAAUACGAAUCUUUUCAAGAAACUCAAAGCUCAAGGAAACGAGCCAAGAAGACACAAAUCUCAAGUAAAACAAAGGAGAAGAAAAAAGGAGAAAAAAAAUGUCUCUUCCCAAAUUAACCAAACAAAUAACGAUAGAAAGAAGACGGAGAGGAAGAAGAAGGAGAAGAUUGAUGAAAAUUGUAAAGUUGAAGACAAAGAUCAAGUAGCGAAAAAGAUAGAGGAGAAACUGCAUACACAGAAUACCGCGCAAGAAGUGUCGACUAAUAAUCACUAUUUCACUAGUUCUUCUAGCAAUCAAGAUGGCACAAGUAGUGCAACCUCUACAAGUGAAGUCAAUUGUUCUUCUCAAAAUAUGGAAGCUCAAAACCAAGAUGAAAUUUAUGAGAAACUUCAAGCGAUAGAUGAAUUACUCUUGAAUGAUAAUUGCCUUUUUCCACCUGAAAAAUGCAUAGAGUUCAAUAAUAAUGAAAACCAUAUGUUAUUGGAGGAGGUCUAUGAAGAGUAUUUUCAACUUGUCUCAGAUGAAAAUUCAUGUCAUUUUCGAGUAGACGGAAAUUUAGAAUUCUAAGUGUUUGUGAAUUUAAUCUUUAAGAUUUUUAAUAUGCGUUAAACUCAUAUUUUGAAAUUUAUGUGUUUCAUAGUCAUUGCUUAUUAAUUAGUAUAAUUUUUAUAUAAGUUUACAGUAUUGAAUUCGAACGAAUCGAUCGAUGAUGCAUAUUUUCAAGGUCACCCACAUUAUGUUGUUGGCUUAUUUUUGUGGAUAUGGCCUUUUAAGUUCCAACGAGACAUGUAUAUAUUUAUUAUUCAAUAAAUAGUUUUGUGUCA